GUACGGGUACGGCCACCUCGAGUUAUAUAAUUGCUCACACCGUCGAGCAGAAGCAAACACCACCACUACUAGCUCGACUGCUCGAGUUCCCAGCAGACACCUCCUUCCUGCCAGCUGGUUCUCAGUUCUUACACGUGAAUUAACCAGGUAGCUAGACGCAUUCGAGCUCCUAUCCACGUACACAGAGAUGGAGUCGUCGUCGUCGUCGUCGUUAGACAGCAACCUCAGGUUCGACUUGUACGCGGUGCUGGUGGCGCUCGGCCUCGCCGCCUUCCUCGCGGUGUGCUUCUGGCUCCUGUACAGGCUCACCGUGUCCGCGCGGCCGCAGGACAUGAUGCCCACCACCGCCGACGCCGGGGCGGCCGGUCCCAAGGGAGCGCUGCGGCAGCAGGACGUCGCGGCACUGCCGGUGUUCGUCGUGCGCGCAGGCGCCUGCGCCGCGGCGCCGCCGCCCGUGGAGUGCGCGGUGUGCCUCGCGGAGAUAGGCGACGGGGAGAGGGGCCUGCUCCUGCCCGCGUGCGGACACAGGUUCCACGUCGCGUGCAUCCUCCGGUGGUUUAGGGCUCACUCCACGUGCCCGCUGUGCCGCGCCGCGGCCGUCGUCGUCGGGCAGCAGCGGGGCGCGGCGGAUCAGACGUGCAAGGCCGGCUCCGCGCAGGAACAAGUGGCGGUGGUGGUGCAAAGCUGAGCGAGCGAGCCGGCGUCAACGUAUACAUCGGGGGUCUGAGAUUGUUAGUUUGGAACUUUAUUUGGAUUAGACAACUUUCUCAACGUGUAGUGAAAACAAACAUGUAUGUAUGUGAUAUGCAUGUCUGUCCAUAGUGCGUUUUGACAUGGAAUGGCAGCUCAUCAGUAUUUCGGUACGUAUUAUUUAUACAUAUGCAGUUACAUAUAUAUAAUCUGUUACUUUUG